AUGUGGGAUAACUGGCGUUUGCAACCUCUCCACUACGCUAGUGCUGCUGGUCAUGUGGAUAUUGUGAAUCUGUUAAUUGGCAAAGUUGAUCUUGACCCAAAAGACAUCUAUGGCAGGACGCCUCUCAUUCAUUGUAUCACGAACGGACAUAUAGCAACAGCUAGUGUGCUUUUAGAGAAUGGGGCCAAUAUUGAAUUCCAUGAUGGGACCAACUGGACACCACUGCUGUAUGCUAUCAAUGGUGGACGAGUUGGCAUUGUUGACUUGCUCCUUCAUAAGGGCGCCCAGGUACGGCCAAUGAUGAAAACUCACAAGUUUAUGUCACAACCUUUGAGGGAAAGACAUCUUGCCGUCAUCAAGCUGCUUCUUGAACGGGGGGCGGUGGAGGAGAUUCGUCGUUUUGCUGACGAAAACCUCCUGCUUUGGGCUGCCGAGAAGGGACAUCAUCACCUCGGUCGUCGACUCGUUCUCCGCGAAGAAUUCCGAACGCCCAUCUCUACCAACGGUGUCACUGCACUCGCAUAUGCUUCUGAAAAAGGAAAUUGUGAAAUCGUGAUGGAACUACUCGAAAAGGAAGUAAGCCCUAACGAAAGGUGCAGCGGUCGUGAGCUACCAUUGUCAUAUGCUAUAGCGCGAGGACACGUAAGUAUCACGAAAGAGCUACUGAAACACAAAGCAGACCCAAAUGCAAGAUCUGGGAAAGGUAUGGAUGGUCAAAUGAUUCUCUUUAAAGCAUCUAAGCUGGGAAAUCCGGAUAUCAUUGAGGGCCUUAUUACUUGGGGGGCCGAUGUCAACGCUAGGGAUGCUAAUGCCUGGACUCCAAUCUUCCAUACUGCUUACAAUGGACAUCUAAGCGCUACUGAAAAGCUUAUAAAUAGGGGAGCGGAUCUUGAGGUUUCUAAUACUUCCGAUAAGACGCCACUUUGGAUUGCUAAGAAGCGGAAACACACAGAGGUCGCAGAUCUUAUAUCUAGUCACCUUGAGAUAGUAUAA